AAAGUGUAUUUCACUUCUUGCCAACUUUUCUUGCACAAACAACUCUUUGGUUGUUUGAUCUAAGUUUGGAAGUUAACAUUUUUAAAGAACAAAGAGAAAGGGCCACAAUCAAAUUUAUUGCACGAAUCCCAACACGGCUCUGUUUAUCAUCGUACACAGUACUGUACAUAGUAAACUAGGCUGUGUUGGUGUAUAUAGACCAACAACCAACAUAAGAAAUAUAGAUACACAUAUACAUACAAAUAAUGUCUAUGAAUUUGGUCAUCAAUGGAUUUCAACCAUCUUCUUGUUGUUUCUUCAAGCCUUCUCUUCAAUGGACUCCAAGAACUCAUCACCAGCUUUUAUUCUCCAAGCCCCCAAAAUUGAAUCUACAGGUAAUGAGGAGAAAAGGGUGGCGUUGCAAGGCAGUGUUAUCUCAAGAUGCCCCUUUUGCAGUUGCCAUUGGUGCUUGCAUCCUCAGUUCUUUAGUUUUUCAGACAUCACCAACUAAAGAAGAUGAUGAUCAAGAUUCUGAUGGAGCUGUAAUUGACGCUGAUGAUACAAGGUUUGCUGUCAUGGGGAUCAUUAGUUUUAUCCCUUACUUCAAUUGGCUGAGUUGGGUUUUUGCAUGGACUGAUACUGCUAAGAGGCGUUAUGCUGUCUAUGCCCUAGUUUACUUAGCACCUUACUUCAGGUCAAACAUGUCACUAUUACCUGAAGAUAGCUGGUUGCCUAUUGCCAGCAUUAUUUCCUGCAUAAUUCACGUUCAGCUGGAAGCAAGCAUAGCAAAUGGUGAUCUUCAGAGUUUCCGAUUAUUUAGUGAGGGUGCCAAGGAUUUACUAGGAAUGAAAGAUGACACAAUCUCUAGUGAGGAGAGAAGAAAAGAUUCCCAAAACCUACCUUCUGCCCAGGAACAAUCUCGGAAGGUAGACGGAUGGAGAGUUAAUGCAAAGUCUUCUGAAGAUUUUGAAAAAUCGAGUCAGAGUGAACUUGAUGAUGAAGAGGUCCACUAGAAGGUUUCUUUGAUUAUGAAUAUGUUGGACAUUAUUCUUACAGAAGUUCAAGCAAUGGAAGAAUCAGCAUUUUGUCUAUGUGCAAUAGUUUAUCAUAAAUUUGCUUGUUCAAAAUGUUUGGGGUUACAGAGGAAAAUACACUAGGUUCGAGAAAGCUGAUAUACAUAUUUAUCUGUGUAUUAGGAGAAAAAUAGUUUAGCUCCAUUGAUAGUCUAACUAAAGGGGCUUAUUUUAAGAUA